AUGGCCGCCGCGGUGAAUGAGACUAAGGCUGCGGGGGGACCCAUGGAAGCCGUCAGGAAUGAAACCAAGGCUGCGGAGGCACCCAUGGACGCCGCGGUGAAUGAGACUAUGGCUGUGGAGGCUCCAACGGAAGAAAUCAAGAAUGAGACCGAGACUGGACAA